AUGCUAUGCAUCACUUCACAGCGAGCCAGAUUCGCGAACGUAAUGCAGAAACUCCCAUCCGAUAUGAUGGACGAAAUUUCUGACGUCCUCUCCGAUUUGCGCGAACAUGAACCAUACGAUCACUUAAAGGAAGCGAUCCUCAAGCGAACCGGACGUUCCGAGGAAGAUAUGAUUCAGGAAAUACUACGGAACGUCACUAGAGGUUUAUGGCUGGAGCAUUUGCCCAAAUCAGUCGCUCAAAUUAUCGCACCAAUGGAUGAUUUGGCAGAAUCUGCUGAUCUAGUCUUUGCGCAGUUUGACCACAGCGUUAACGCUGUUCACGCCACCGACAUAGCAAAGCACGAACGCUACGAGCCGAGUAAAACAGAACGGGCGUUGGCCGAUCUUCAACGACAAAUUCAAGAGAUCCAGAUCUCCCUGCGCCCACGGACGAGGGAAUCGACCCCAUCUCGACGGAGACGAACCCCCAGCCGAGAACGGCAAAGCGACCAGGGUGUUUGUUGGUUUCAUCGCACAUUUGGCGAUGGGGCCAGGAAUUGUAGACCUCCCUGUACACACCCGUCGGCCCGGGGAAACGAAUAA